AUUUUUUUUUUUAGUUUUUUCUUUUUUUUAUAAUUAAAAAAAAAAAGAGUAUUCUGUUAUAAAGAAAGCUAAGUUCAUUUUACUCAAAGUGGAAGCUAAAACUACAACUAGUUGUUCUUUUAGUUGCAAAGGUUUUGAUUGUGAAAAUUUCAUUAUGAGUACUAUUAACAUUGAAAGCUUAGAUCAAGAUACAAAAGAUGAACCAAAAGAACAAACACAAGAAGAUAACAAUGAAGUACUCAAAGUCUUGGAAGAGAAGAUCAACAUGAUGGAUCCUAAGAACACAAGUGGAGACACUGAGGUAGUAAUUACUAAUUUCUUGAAAUCCAAGAAAGAGGUGAAGUGGUACGUGGCUUUGUUGGUGAUUAGGGUUUUUGCUUUUGUGUUCUGUUUGAUUGCUUUCUCGGUGUUGGGUGCAAGUGAACAAAGGGUUUUGGUAAGUGAGAAUUUAACAAAUUGGUACUCAAGUGGAUUCACAAUUCAAACUCCAUACGAAUUCCAUUGGUAUAAGUGGGACGAAUUCAGGUAUAGCUUUGCAGCGAAUGUGAUUGGAUUUGUGUAUUCAGGGUUGCAAAUUUGUCAUCUAGUGAUGUACUUGAUUACAAAAAAGCACACUAUAAACCCCAAACUACAAGGUUACUUCAAUGUUGCUAUUGAUCAGACAUUGGCAUAUAUUUUAAUGUCAGCUUCAUCCUCAGCCGCAACUGCAGCUCAUCUUUUAAAAGACUACUGGUUAGAACAUGGUGCAGACACAUUCAUAGAAAUGGCAAAUGCAUCAGUUUCUAUGUCUUUUUUGGCAUUUGGGGCUUUUGCUUUAGCCUCUCUUGUCUCUGGUAUCAUCCUUUGUAGGUUCACCUAGAUAUAAUUGCAAUACUCUUUGUCUUUAAUUAGUAUUACUAUAGUACUAUAUGUGUCAAGUACAAUGGAUGAAUGUGUAAACUUUGUCAUUUCCGAAUGUUGCAAAUUUUCAAGUCUUAAGAAAUAAGAUUUGUUUCAAA